AUGUCCGCCGGCCCGCUCCCGCACCCACAGCCUCCCACCACCUCCACACCACCUGCACCGCCUGCAUCGUCCGCAGAGCCUACCGUCACAACAUCAAACACAUCCACCCAACCACACACACCACACACCCCACAGCGUGGAGACACGGCGCAGCCCCUACACCAUGACGAGACACCACACCCAUCACGCCAUGACGAGACACCACACCACGUAGCCACCCACGACAACACCACCCACGACAACACCACCCACGACAACACCACCCACGACAACACCACCCACGACAACACCACCCACGACAACACCACCCACGACAACACCACCCACGACAACACCACCCACGACAACACCACCCACGACAACACCACCCACGACAACACCACCCACGACAACACCACCCACGACAACACCACCCACAACAACAACACCCACGACCACGGCGACCUCCAGCCCGUCACCCACCUCGAGCCCGACAGCGGCAGCGACACGGACAGCGCCUUCGACGCAAACUCGUCCACCAGCACCUCGCUCGCCUCGUCCAUCCUUAGCUACGAGUACUCCAACGGCCGCCGCUACCACGGCUACCGCAGCGGCGCCUACGUCCUGCCCAACGACGAGCAGGAGCAGGACCGUCUUGACCUGCUGCACCACAUCUUCACCCUCAUCCUCGGCGGCAACCUCUACGACGCCCCCAUCCACCCCCCACCGCGCCGCGUCCUCGACAUUGGCACCGGCACCGGCAUCUGGGCCAUUGACUUUGCCGACGAGUACCCGGGCUCAGAAGUCCUGGGCACCGACCUGUCGCCCAUCCAGCCCACCUGGAUCCCUCCCAACGCCAAGUUCUACAUCGACGACGCCGAGAGCGAGUGGGUCUACUCCCUAGACGAGCGCUUCGACUUCAUCCACGUCCGCACCCUCAGCGGCGCCAUUGCCGACUGGCCCAAGCUGACCCGCCAAGCCUACGCCCACCUGCACCCCGGCGGCUGGCUCGAGUUCCAGGAGCCCGUCGCCCUGUGCGAGAGCGACGACGGCACCAUUGACCUUGCCGAAGCCUUACUGAGGUGGCAGGCCCUGUGCAACGACGCUGCAAAAGUCUUUGCCAAGGACAUUCGCGUCGGCCACACGCUGAAGCAGCGCAUGCUCGACGCCGGCUUUGUCGAUGUCGCCGAAAAGGUCGUCAAGGUCCCCAUCGGCCCCUGGCCCAAAGACGCCCGUAUGAAGGAAAUCGGCCGCUAUCAGCGCGAGCACAUGGCCAUGGGCAUCGAGCCCUACACCUUUGGCUUCAUUGGCAAGAUCCUCGGCUGGUCCGAGCAAGAGUGCCGCGUUCUCAUAGCCCAGGUCACAAACGACGUGAGGCGAAAGGACGUCCACAUGUACAUCAAGUUCUACUUUGUCCAUGGCAGGAAACCUCAGAGUGCCGUGUGA